GCCAGUACUUUGCCAGUUUGCCAGAGUAUCUGAGUAUCCGUAUCUUGCAGUUUGUUUUGUGCGCGCGUGGUGAACGGUUGUUAGUAUCUCGUACUUUGCUGGCUCAGAUACUUUUCGACGGCCAACGCGUCGAGUUCUGCCGUGGUGUGUGUUAGUGUGCCAGUUAAACAAUGAGAAAUUGAUUCACACACCAAAACCGCUACAAAAAACACCUGAAGACAAAAAGUGUUAACCAAAAAAUAAUUACUUGUGCAAUCACAAAGCAACGAAAACAAACUGAAAUUUUUUAAACAUUUUUUUCGUGUGCAACCGUAAACCAAACCAAAGAAGUUAGAAAGAGAGAGCAAUCAAUUUGCGAGCGGGAAAAACUACUAACUACUACUACUGCGUAAAAAAAAGCGAUAAAAAAUGGGUGAACUGCGAAAAUCGCUGCCGCUGAAUUCAGUCGGCGUCUUUUUGGCGCUGCUCCUCUGCAGCUGCUCUUUAAUAGAACUGUGCCAGGCGCAGUCUCCGAUCCUGGAGAUUUACCCCAAACAAGAGGUCCAGCGCAAGCCAGUGGGCAAGCCCCUCAUCCUCACCUGUCGACCCACAGUUCCCGAACCCAACCUGGUCGCCGAUCUGCAAUGGAAGGAUAACCGCAACAACACCAUUCUGCCCAAGCCGAAUUACGAUCCACUGUAUGAUUCCAAGGGCAAUAGAAAGAAAGAAAGGAAUGGACGCGACCAGUCGCCGAUGUACACGGAAACGCUGCCCGGCGAAAGUUUGGCCCUGAUGAUUACCUCGCUGUCGGUGGAAAUGGGCGGCAAGUACUACUGCACCGCCUCCUAUGCAAAUACCGAGAUCCUCGAGAAGGGCGUCACAAUUAAAACUUACGUGGCCAUUACCUGGACCAAUGCCCCCGAGAACCAGUAUCCCACUUUGGGUCAGGAUUACGUGGUUAUGUGCGAAGUCAAGGCCGAUCCCAACCCAACAAUCGACUGGCUGCGCAACGGAGAUCCGAUCCGCACCACCAACGAUAAGUAUGUGGUGCAAACCAAUGGCCUGCUCAUCCGCAACGUUCAGGAGAGUGACGAAGGCAUCUACACUUGCCGUGCGGCUGUCAUCGAAACUGGAGAACUUUUGGAGCGCACCAUCCGCGUGGAGGUCUUCAUUCAGCCGGUGAUUGUAUCGCUUCCCGAAACCCUGAAUGCCGUCGAGGGCAAACCCUUUGCUGCCAACUGCACGGCGAGCGGCAAACCGGUGCCGGAGAUCAGCUGGAUUCGCGAUGCAACCCAAUUGAACGUGGCCACCGCCGAUCGAUUCCAGGUCAACCCGCAAACGGGUUUGGUCACCAUCAGCUCUGUCAGCCAGGAGGAUUACGGCACCUACACGUGUUUGGCCAAGAACAAGGCCGGUGUUGUUGAUAAGAAGACCAAGCUGAAUGUCCUGGUCCGUCCGCAGAUCUAUGAGCUGUACAAUGUGACAGGGGCCAGGAACAAGGAGAUUGCCAUCACCUGUCGCGCCAAGGGACGUCCGGCACCGGCCAUCACCUUCCGACGAUGGGGAACCAAUCAGGAGUACACGAAUGGCCAGCAGGAUGACGACAAUCGCAUCAAUUUGGAGGUUAACUUUGAUGAAGAACGUGGCGAGAGCACCGGCACCCUACGCAUCUCCAAUGCCGAGCGAUCCGACGACGGACUGUACCAGUGUAUUGCCAAGAAUCAGGAGGAUAAUGCCUACAAGACCGGCCACAUUACCGUUGAAUUUGCACCCGACUUUAGCCACAUGAAGGAACUGCCACCGGUCUUCUCGUGGGAACAACGCAAGGCGAACCUCAGCUGCCUGGCCAUGGGCAUCCCGAAUGCCACCAUCGAAUGGCACUGGAAUGGACGCAAGGUCAAGGAUCUAUACGAUACCAAUCUGAAGAUUGUGGGCACUGGACCGCGUAGCGAUUUGAUUGUUCAUCCAGUGACGAGGCAGUAUUACUCGGGAUACAAGUGCAUUGCGACCAAUAUCCAUGGAACCGCCGAGCAUGAUAUGCAGCUGAAGGAGGCACGUGUGCCAGAUUUUGUGUCCGAAGCGAAGCCCAGCCAGUUGACCGCCACCACGAUGACCUUUGACAUUCGCGGCCCACCAACCGAAGUGGGUCUGCCCAUCCUGGCGUUCAGUGUGCAGUACAAGGAGGCCCUUAAUCCCGACUGGUCGACUGCCUACAAUCGCAGUUGGUCACCCGAUUCGCCGUACAUUGUGGAGGGACUGCGACCACAGACGGAGUACAGCUUCCGAUUCGCCGCCCGCAACCAGGUGGGAUUGGGCAAUUGGGGCGUUAAUCAGCAACAGUCGACGCCACGCCGGUCGGCUCCCGAGGAGCCCAAGCCACUGCACAAUCCCGUCCAGCAUGACAAGGAGGAGCCGGUGGUCGUCUCGCCCUACUCCGAUCACUUCGAGCUGCGCUGGGGAGUGCCCGCUGACAAUGGAGAGCCCAUCGACAAGUACCAGAUCAAAUACUGUCCGGGCGUUAAGAUCAGCGGCACCUGGACGGAACUGGAGAACUCCUGCAACACCGUCGAGGUGGUGGAGACCACCUCAUUCGAGAUGUCACAGCUGGUGGGCAACACCUAUUAUCGCAUCGAACUGAAGGCGCACAAUGCCAUCGGCUACUCAUCGCCCGCUUCCAUCAUUAUGAAGACGACACGAGAUAAUCCUCAUCCUUCGCCGAGUGGCGCUGCACCUCUGGCCCAACUGCUUAUUAUUAGCGCUGCUCUGCCGACAAUGAUGCUGAUUAUGCUGCCGACGACGCGCACUGCUUAAACAACCACAGCUGCUGAUGCUUCUCCUGCUUCCACCCAUCAACAAGCAGUGCUUGGAGGAUCCUUCCGCUGGCCGUUUAUCAUGGGUUUUCCUUUCCCUAGUUUUCGUUUGGUGUGUCAAUGUGUAAAUAAUAAGAAAACUAAUUGAAAAAUCACAAAAAAAAGGAAUAAAAUAAAACAUACUCUUAACUAGCAAGAAGAAGCGGACAUAAUUACGUUAAAUGUGCUCAAGUAGAGAAUAUGAUCGAUAAAUAUAUCACAUAGGGCGGGUCACGAUUCCAUUAACUGUACAAAAAAAACAAAAAACGAAGAUCUAUGAUAGAACCUAGUUAAAAAAAGACGAAAACGGAUUGCCAAAACCGAAACACAUGCUUACACAACUGAUAAAUUGUACUUAUAUGUAUCCUAUAUCCUAUGUCUAACCGCUAGAGACCCUAUUUUACCACUAAGCCAAUGUUAUGUUGUUAUUUAGUUGUAUGUGUAUAGCGAGAGCAUUUAUAGACUACAUUCCGAUUCCGUACACCCGUACCGCUUAGUUCAAUGUGAAUUUUACAACACUGCCAAGCGACACAAAAACAAAAAAAAACCCAAGCAAAUUUAUAUAUGAAAAGUUUUAGCGAAAUUCUACAAGAAGAAUAAGAGUAAAAAAUAUCAAGUGCAUACGAGUACAAGUUACAUUUACACUCUAUACCUUACACCUAAAGUUAGCCAAAGCUUCUUCCAUCACUGUUUUCAAGGCAGUUGCAAGCAGUUUAGCAAGGUCUCUGUUCUGUUUUGAGCGCGUAAACGUUAAGAGGGGACAAUAAGUAACUCUAACUAAGUUAAAGCGAUUACGAAUUUUUCCACACAAUGGGGGCUCACAAGUGUUUUUACCUUCUGUUGAUAGUAAGCGUUUAAUAAGCCAAAACUAGAAUGCAACUCGAUCUAGACGAACCGAUAUUCCUGUAUACACGUUUUUUUAGCAAGCGAAAUCGAUUUUUCUAGCCAAAUAUAUAUCGAAAAUUAAAAAAAAAAAGAUCAAUACAAUUUAUACCUUUACAAUAUCUAGUUAUACUUACGUAUACACAUAUAGUUAGUGAAUAAUUCAGCCCGCCUAACGUUGCUGAGAUGGGGAAAGCGUUUUUUUUUAACGCCCUUGGGCAAGCAGUAGGAACUUUCACUGUUCUCACAGAUCACACUUAAACACAAUGUCAUGAAUGUUGUAAGCAAAUGAAAACGAAAACAUAAACGAUAACUAAAUUGGAAAAAGGAAACGAAAAGAAAGUCUACCACUUAAGAAGUUCAUUUUGGGUAAUAAAGAGAAAACUUUAACAGAAAGCA